AUGUUUAAAUACACAAAAAGCACGCUUCAACUUACGCGGACAGUACAGAGAUCUGCCCUUAAAAUGGCACAAUCAAGGGUUCUACAGCGUAGAAUGUACGCUUCAUCGAAUAAGGAGGCACCUAAGAAGCAGAGAAGAAGUCUUGUGCCACUUGCAAUUCUUGGUAUUGCCGCAUUGGGCCUCACCUAUUAUAACAUGGGCCAUGUUUCAAAGCCACCUAGAGCCAGUGUCGAUCCAGUUAGCCGGUCAAAGAAGGAUAUUGAAUCAAAGGAACAACCUUUAUUCAAAGAUAACGAAAUCAGUGUGAUCUACGUUCUCGGUGGUCCGGGCGCAGGAAAAGGUACUCAGUCUGCAAAAUUGGUCAAAGAGUAUGGAUUCGUUCAUUUAUCGGCUGGAGAUUUACUCAGAGCCGAGCAGAAUGAUGCAUCUUCUAAAUACGGUGAGCUAAUUGCUAACUACAUAAAGGAAGGCCGAAUCGUCCCCCAGGAAAUCACAGUGGCACUUUUAAGAAAGGCCAUCGUCAACAAUUACAAUCAGGGAAAGACAAAGUUCUUGGUGGAUGGCUUCCCAAGGAAAAUGGACCAGGCCUUGGCUUUUGAAAAUCAAAUUGCUCAUGGAAAGUUUGUUCUUUUCUUCCAGUGUCCAGAAGAUGUGAUGCUGCACCGUUUGCUUGAAAGAGGAAAGACUUCCGGCCGCUCGGAUGACAACAUGGAGACUAUCAGAAAGAGAUUCCACGUCUUCGAGGAGACAAGUAUGCCAGUAGUGGACUACUUUGAGAAGCAAGGAAAAGUUUUGAAGGUGAGCUGUGACCAUCCCGUGGAUGUUGUGUUUGGCCAGGUUGUGGCCCAGCUCAAAAAGGAGGGUAUUACCGACUGA